CUGUGUUUACAAUUUAAACCUUUCCAGGUCUGAUGCUGCCUUUGUUAGCUAGCUAGCUAGCUUGUCACUUGAGAUCCAGCCUCACAUUUCACAUCACCAAGAACAUUCUUCUGCUCCACACAUACAUGCCGAUGCAACCAUGAAACGCUUUGCUUGAGUGAGAAGAUGUGUGAAUCAAGUCACAAGAGCAGUCACAUGAAGGUGCGCGGAACCGCGCGAGUUGUGUAAAGGCCAUGUAAAAAGAGGACGAUGACUGAGCAACGACAGCACAAACUGUUUGACGUGGAAGCACUGCAUCGGUACAACACCAUCCUCUUCCGUACCAUCCCUUCCUUCUCUCUUGCCUGUGGUGUGGAGAUACAUAACACUAGCUUCUCCUGCCUGGUACUAGCUAGCUACAAAAGCAAGCAAAAGAGCUCUACUCGUCUGGUCUUUGGCGAAAUCCCUGCAUCUAGCUACUACACGUGUAGUGCUGUUGCUGCGAGCCAUCUUUUUUCCUUGCUGGGACUCGUUGGUUGGCUGCGCCGUCUUAACAACCACCUGGAGCUGCUCUUUUCAAACACUUGACUGGACUGCCCCAGCGAAAGAUUAUUCCUGACAACAGUACCUUGAUUAGUUGAGGAUACCCAAGAGGAUACCCCAGUGUGAGAGACCAGCCAGUGCUAUUAUCCAUACAGGUACCUACCAUUACAUCGACUAUUAGAAGAAUACACGACAACCACCACCACCACCAUGUCCGUUCCCAAUACAAGCGAGUUGGACGAUGAUCAGAUUGAGGCAUUGAUCCGCAAACUGAGUGCCAUUAAAGGUUCUGCUCCGGAACUGAUUGCGGCCUUGGAAGCUGAGGCCAACUCUCGCCUGGCCAAGCAGUCCAAUCGGAGUGGAGGCCGUGGCGGUAGAGACCGAGGUAGAGAUAACCGGCGAAGUCGGUCACAUUCGUAUGAAGACGAAGAACCAGACGAUGACUAUGACGACGAUUAUGACGAAGGAGAAGAGGAGGAGGAAGACGAUGAUGAAGAAACGGACAGCGAAGAUGAAGAUGAAUUCGAUGAAGAUGGUCCUUGCGUGGGAUACGGGUAUUCCGAUGAAGUAUCCGUCAUUAGUGAAAUGACUACCCCCACCGUAGUCAGCAAUCUACACGUUCCGGCGGAAGAACGAUACGAAGAAAUCCACGGAGCCAAGAAGAGCAAUAAGCCAGAUCUUCUCAGUCAGGUCAACAGGGUCAAUGCUGCCAAAGGCCGAGGCAAUAACAGUCAAAGCAGUCGAGGUAGCAGCAACGCUGGACUCAACUCGGACAAACGCAAAACCUACACAUCGGGAUUGGGUAAAAUUUCCGAAACGGCAGAGGCGGCGGCUGUCACCAAACCCCCAAAGUCGGCGGCGGCGACUGGAACACGAGGAACUGGCGGAAAGAAUAAGCAACCUGUGCGUCAAAAAUCUGGCGAUGGCGCGGGACGCAAGGCAUCAUCGUCUCGAGGACUGCGACGUGAUAAUUCACCCUCUCGUGGCAAAAAGAAACCCGUUGGUGGCAAACGGUCGAAUCACAGUUCCGGGAGUGGGAGUGGCAAGGGAUCCAACAAAACGGCCACCACUGCCUCCAAUGAUGCAUUUUCCGAUGAUUGGCACAAGUCACUGACGGCCGCUGAUGGCGCCACAGAUGACAGUGGAUUCCCCUUUUCCUUUGGCGAUUCGGAAAAUGCAUUUGUGUCAUCCAGUAACAGUUUCUUCAACAAAAACGCCAAGGGUGGCGGUGAUACUACGGAUCCGUUUGACCCAUUCGGUGGUGGUGAUCCCUUUGCAACACAGGCAGCACGGCCCACCAGCAAGAAGGGUGGCAAUGAUGGCUUUGGUGACAGCGAUGCGUUUGGUGCCAGUACCGGCAGUGGUGGACGAGCACCGAAGCCCAAUUCCACGAAAAGUCGACCGCGACGAUCAUCAGGUAUGGAGAAAGGAUCCAAAUCAAGAUCAUCAUCCAAUCGAGAUCAAUCUCCAAGAAGAAAAAAGGGUUAAUCAAUCUUGCAGUUGGUCGCAGUACCGUCGUCUGUGAUCACUUGGUGGAUGAAUACGUCACUUUUACAAAACCACAACACUCACUCACACAAAAACAACCAGUGACGGCAAUGCCAUCACAGACCUUUCCUCCUGUGCUACCGUCUGGUCUUUUUAGAGCGAACCAGUCUCUAUACAGCUUAUAGCAGACAGUUAAAUACAAAAACGUUGUUCUUAUCAACGCAUUACUUGGUGGAUAGUGCAGCGUCACUGUUAUAAGUUGUAGAAUUGAGUUCGUUAGCUAUCUAUCUUCUUUUG